CCUAGAAGGCUAGAGCCUAAAGCCUAUAAGUUAAGUUUUUUUAGUUUUUUUUUAUUUUUUAUCAGUCUUUUUAUCAGUUUUUUAGAAUACUAAUCGUAGUUCAAACCUAUAAUUAUGAAUUGGUGUAUUUAUUAACAGAUUGAUUAGAAUUAUAAAUAGAUUCCGCCAUCAUGAUCAGUAUAACCUUAUCUGGCUUAUCACCAGUAAACUACGUGCGCAUUUUUGUCUAACUUUUUGCGUUGAAGAUCCCUGUGCAGGACUGUUUGUUUGGCUGUUCAUGGUCCUUUGUGGUCGUAGUCCGUAGAUGUAGUCUUAUCCUGGGCGAUGCGAAUACUUUCAGACUAUUGAAGCUACGGGAAGCCUUAUUUUCUGAGCCAUGCUUCUGCAGCAAACUGUCGGUGUCUGUCAGGUGUGCAGUCGCUCCAGACUGUUGGCGUCGCGAUGGCUGUUUAUCCAGGCUGAAAGUCGGAUGCCGACGAUAAGCAGCUCUAUUCCCAAAGUUCGUCCUCAUAUUAAUCCCGGCAGCGCAUCGUCCGGGCCAUCUCCGACCGAAAAACUGUCGGCUGUUCGAAGGCUGUGGAAAUACAUUAGCAAUUUCGGAGUAUUUCGCGUUAUAACAGGCCAGAACUCGAUGAGUGCUAUGAGAAUACAGAAGCUGAAAGCAAAAGAUUGCGUUUCCCCACUUGCUGCCAUGGUCUACACUUACCAACUGGACGGAACUCUGCGUACCGCCUGUACGGUAGUCAACAUUGUUUUCGCUUUUAUCGUGCUGAGCGGAAUUAAAUGGUAUUUGGAAUCGGGAUUUCGGAUUAAGUCAUUCGAAGAAGUAGAUCGCACAAUGGCCGGAAAUCCCAUAAAGUUCGAUCAUCGGUACCAGUACGGCAUUGCUGUUGGUUUUGCCUUUCUUACGUUUUUUGCCGUAAAUUUUUUGCGGCGACGAGCGAUACUGCGCGGCUACUACGAUUCCAAAACGGAUUUAUUUACUCUGGUUAAAAUCACCGGCCUGGGAAGGACGACACCAUUUCAUAUCAAGGCUGGUCAUGCUAAGCACGUACAGAGGGAGGGAUUUGGAAAGUUUUUGGGGAAUGUGGUUUUGCUGGACGCGGAUCGCAGCCCGCUGACAUCAGUUAUCUUAUUACAAGAUAAUUUUCUGCUGCCCUGGUACUGGAACAGAUUGUUUGACGGUUCUCAGCAAGGUGUUGGUGACCCGCUUCUAACGGAAUAUAAUCUACUGGCAAGGCAUCAAGAUUCAGAUGAGAAAAAAGCUCAGGAAUUAUCGGCUUUAAAUGCCAAACGAAUAGGUGAAUUAUACAAUUUCAAAAUGAAGCAAAAAGGAAUGUAAUAAUACCGGUGUGACACUGGAUGCCCGAACUUCGCUGGAUAAACAAAUGAUGGAAUGUUUUUUUCUCUUGCGAUUAUGAAUGCAUACAUUUUACUGUUGACGCAGACCGCUGGAAAUGGGAAAAAUGUUUUCGGCGUUCAGAACAGCUGCAGAAAUAAAUCUUUAUGAUGAUGA